CACUACACCAUAUGUGGGUGCUCCUUCACCAUUGAGCUAUAAAUCCAUGGCUAGUGACACCCAACACCAUCAGUUCAUCCACAGACAAAGGCAUUCCAACCUCCCACUAGCAGAAGAAUUUCUCCAGUUCCAGAAACACAAGAAACUACCAUGAUGAGUGCCAAGACACUUGCUCGGCUGGCCAAGAAGUGGCAGAGGGUGGCGGCUAUGGGGAGGAAGAGGCUCACCUGGUCGCCAUCAACGUCCAAAGAAGAAGCCGGAGAGUCGUGCAGCACGCCGUGCUCGACAGUGGCCAGCAAGGGCCACUGUGUCGUGUACACUGCCGAUGGUGUAAGGUUCGAGGUGCCUCUUGCGUUCCUCGGAACGACCGUCUUCGGCGAGCUCUUGAGGAUAUCCCAAGAGGAGUUCGGCUUCUCAGGCAUUGACGGUGGCAGAAUCACGCUGCCCUGUGACGCAUCGGUGAUGGAGUAUGCCAUGUGCUUGCUAAGGAGAAGCGCCUCCGCAGAGAUGGAGGCCGCGUUCCUCAACACCAUGGUGAUGCCAUGCCACUAUCAUGUGGCGCCACAUCUGGGAGUUGGCCAGCGAUUCAGUGUAUGCAGCUCCUGAUUACCAUCUGCAGAGAUACAGGAAAAUAGAACAAGGAAAACAGUUUAUGUGUAGCAUUUUGAUCUUGCUAGCAAAGAAGCAAUCAAGGAAGAUGGACCUAGUUAGAGAUAUUGUUCUUUCAAUGUAUGCAUAUACUUUGUUCCGAAGAUAAAUGAUUGAUCACA